UAUCUCUUUUCUUUGUUUGAUUUUCAUCUAUAUCUGCUCUUAAUUUGGUUUUUAGGGUUUUUUGUUUCUCUUCGUUUAAUUUCUCUUUGCUGUUGUCGUCCGUCUUCUUCAGCAAUUGCACUUUCAUUUCUGCUGUUGUGGUCACGAAUUCGAUAGAAAUUGUAUAGUCUUUCGAGGUUUAUAACUUGACAGACCAAACUGCUUAGAUUCUUUCUUCUUUCUUACGUUGGCAACAUCUGAUAUAUAGCAUCUCGCUUUCCGUUGAAAAGCUUCCCCUGUAAUCGUUUGCGAUUUGAUAUUUGUGAUGAUGAUCUUGAUUGUUUCGAAAAGGUGUUUAUUGGUGGAUUUGUGUUGGUACUUGUUUUUUCAGUAGUAUUUGUCCUUGUGAGCUAUGAGUAGAGAUUCCAAAGGAAGAGCAUGGUAUGAUAAAUUCUACCGUAAAUUGGAAACGAUUCUUGUGGAGGUGGACAGUUUUGCUUCUCAGGGUAAGGUUUCUUUUGAUUAUUCAGGGCUGGAUUCUGUAAAGGAUGAUCCAGAGAAGCUUACAGAGGAACAAAUGGAGGGGGAUAGUUUCAAGGAGAAGUUAUCAGACUCUGUGUUGAUUGAUGAGAAGCUUGAAGAUCAUUGUGAUCAGACAGCCAGCACGUCCCUUUGCCACAAAGAUCCGAUAUCUCAAUCUACUCACCGCUCUCCGGAAAGCUUUAUGACUGUAUUAACAUGUAAUGAUGAUACUUUUGUAUCUCCCUCUGGGAUUUAUACGGGUGUUUCACAUCUAAUCCCACCCACUACAGAGAUUCAAGCUGCACAUGUUGAAGAUAGAGUGGUUAAUACUAGAUCCUUUAGCAGCAACUCUAUGAAAGACUUCGAUGUUUGUCCAUUAGAUACCAUUGAUUUGUAUGACAUGACAUCUCGAGAAGACCCCUCAGAUUUUGACGACAAUUUGCUAUAUGCAACACGUGACAGGACUAAGCAACUCAGAUCAUUCAAGAAAAAGAUAAUGGAUGCAUUAACUUUCAAAAAAAGAAGAGGGAAGGAAUAUGAGCAGCUUGCAAUAUGGUUCGGCGACGCAGACAUGGGUUGUGAUCUUGUUAACACUAAAGAACAUGCUACAACAUCUCCAGACCUCAAAAGCUCACAGUCAAACGUGCCAUUUGUAUCCGAAGAUUCUGAGUGGGAGAUGUUGUAAGAUAAAAGAAAAGAGUUAUAUUUUGGUGAGGCUCAUGUCCUGCUUUUGAAUAUACCAAGAUUUAUUUUGUAACUAAUAUGGCAAAAAAGAAGCAAAUUCUUCUU